AUGGCAGGCGCUGACCGGACCCGCACCUUCGACGCGAGCGCUCCUGCUCCCCCAGAUAUCCCCCGCUGCCUCCGCACCGCAGCUUCCACGGGCGACCUCUCGAACAAGCGAAAGUCCGGCGCGAAACGACUCACCCUGGGAUUGGAAUUGUUUCAACGCACGCUGGAGAAGCAGAAACGGCAGAGGGAAGAGAAGGGCGUGAUACAUGAGCAGCAGCGACGGAGGAAGAGCCACAAUCUUGCGCUGAGGGAGACACACGGAGGAUUGGCCGAUUGCCCGCCUAUACACCCCGACUUUGACUUUGAGCCCUGGCAUCGCGUACGUCCGGACGAGGUCUCUUCCCGCUCGCAGAGGAGGAGGACGACGGCGAUUAUGCCUUCAGCGAGGAGAGUAGGAGGGGGUGUACGGCUCAGUGGAGGCCCGGUGUUGACGGACAACGAGACUUCGACGUUUGAGAGUGAUAUCUCUUCGGUGGUGGAUAUCAGCGAUCAUCUCGCUGCUUCGGAGGACGAUACGGAGGAUGAGUAUAGGGAUACGAAUAAGUAUCGUAUGCCGGAGUGUGGGAAGACGAGGUUGGGAUUGCAUACCAAGGAGCCGUUGAGUCCGACGCCGAGGGUCGGGGUGAGGAGGGAGGGGAGUGGGACGCCGACGAUGUCAGGGAGAGGAGGGUUGGUGAAUGGAGGGCCGCCGCCGAGUAUGGACUUCUCAUCACAACCGUGGCAGAGUACUGUCUCGGUGGCCGGAGCGGAGAACGACACAGCCGGAGAUGGAGACUCAAUACGAACGACUGUCACCCGGCCUGGAUCGGUCUACACCCUCGGCCGAGCGAGUUUCACCGGCCAAUUGGCGCAAUUGACGUCCAUGCGGCUUCCCGACGCGACAUCCCUGGCGAAGAGGAUAAGUUCCAUGGCGACUUCCACCGAAGCCGCGCAAGCUCUCGCAGAUGCAUCCGAGCAGAUUCGGAUGUGGAUUCGGCAAGCGGAGAACGUACUAAACGGCUUGAACGCGGAGGACGAUGUGGAGUGGGCAGCGGCAGGAGGCAGGGAGGGGAUUCAAGAUGUCGACGGCGCGAUUGGACGAUUCGAACAACUAGUCGAAGUCUACGUUCUUUCGAUUGAGCGACUCCAAACUCGCCCGGACGUGUGUCUCCUCUCGAAAGAGGAGAUCCGCGCGAGUGGCGUGAAUCUGGAAACCAUCAUCGGCAACUGGCAGGGGAUCAAGGAUACCCUCAAAUCCAUCAAAUUCCAAGUCGAAGUCGCGAUGGAGUGGGAGGAAUUGUGGAAUACCGUGUUGGGUGAGAUUUCCCAGGAGAUGAAUGGCUUGAAUCAGCUGGUCUUUGAAAUGGAGGAGAAACGACAUCAAGGCGCGGAAAGUUUGCUCAGCUCGAGGGAUAGUAUCGACUUGAGUGAACUGGAGACGAUUGUGGAGGUGGCUCCUGGACGAGCGAAGGCAAACGCGAACGCCAACAAUCGGUUCAGUGUCGUCAUGCCGUUCUCCUCCACGGGUGUUCCCCUCCACGCCCCUCCGCCGCUUGCGAGUGGGGAGCAGAAGGAGGACUCGAGUUUACUCGCGUUAUUCGCACGGAUGCAGCCGUUGAGAGCCGCGCUGGACUUCCUGCCGAUGAGAUUGGCGGCGUGGCAUCGACGCGGAAAUGACACCUUUCCCUCCGCAUGUCUAGACCUCGAUCAGCGGCAGACCGAGCUGGAAAUCCAAUGGACGAAACUGGAAGCGGACGCGGAGUCUUUACGACGGGAAUUAGGCGAGGACCGAUGGGUUCUCGUCUUCAGGAACGCUGGGAGGCAGGCGAUGAAGAUGUGCGAAAGCAUCAUGCGGAGCGUGGAGAAAGUCAAAGAGUCGGUCUCGAAGGUGGAGCAGGUGGGUGACAAAGUGGAGAACUACGAGGCGAAGAAACGGCACUAUGGUCCUGCGAUUGAGAGGGUGAUUGCGAUUAUUGAUCGGGGAGUGAAGGAUCGGUUGACGGUGAAUGGGGAGAUUUUGAGGUUGCAAUCUGAUAUUAAGAAGAGGUGGGCCAGGCUGCAGACUGAGAUUCUGGAGAUGGAUGGGUUGGUGGAGGAGUUGGCGAGGAGAAAGGAGGAAGAGGAAGGGAUGCAUUUGAGGGACUCGGUGAGUUCUUCGACGGUCAUUUCUGAGCAGAGGAGUGUGGGGAGUGGGAGUCGAGGGGAGGGGAUUACGCCUGCUACUUCGCCUGCUAGUAGCGUCAUCGUCACGAAUGGUGGGAGCGGGAGGAAGUCCAGUUUCGGAGCGAAGACGACGCCGACGCAUCUGAGCAGUGGUAAUCUCCGCUCUUCCACUGGCGGUGGUGGUCGCGCUUCAUCUCGACUCUCUCCCGGCGGCAAUGGCGGCGGUACUGCACACUCUACCGUCCCACGCCGAUCUCUCCUCCCGAGAAAGUCCAACGCAGACUUCCACAGCACACCAUCCCGCACUACCUCCUCCCCUGGCGUCGGAACAGCAGGGACAGCAGGAUCGUCGGCAAGUCCUGGAAGACCAGCGGUCAAUUGGCCCAGUCGAGGUGAAGUUACUCCUCAACCGGGUAAAGGUCGCUUCGUCAACGCCGUCAAGAGUGAAGUGAAAGACUUCCGCCCGUUGAGCGCGUUUGAACCGAGUCCGUAUGCGAAAGGGCCGAUUACGCCGAAGAGAUUUCAGAGGGCUACGGCGGUGGAGGGAGGACAGGGACAGAAUGCGAAGACGCCUGGUUUGAGACAUGUCAGUGCGCCGACGGGGGCGGGGUCGUCCAUCCCGGCGCCUGUGACUUCGUCGGCGAGGAAGGUGAGUGGGGGCAGUGCGGGACUGUCGAAGAACGGUGCCGCGACGCCGGGUGCCAGGGCGAGGGCUACGUCCGCUUCACAUGCCACCUCGACGAAGACCGGACAUCUGGGUCCUUCCUCCCGCCUGGCGAACACACGAACACCAACACUCUAA